UGGAUGACAUUUGUUUGACAAAUAAUAAUAAACUUGUUGUGGGACUUGAAUGAAAACCAGGAAAAGCCUGAAAUUCGUAUUCUUUUCGACCCUCGAUAAAAUCUUUAAACAGACUGGUUGGUAUAACAAUCGUAUUCUGUUAUAAAACUUGUUUUGUUUAUAGAUUCAUAACAUUCAAUUGCAUCACUAAUAAAAGAAGCCAUGGGUAAGAGAUAUAUUUGUGAUUAUUGUGACAAGACAAUGGUAGCUGCCCCCGCUAUAGUAAGGACACAUAACAAUGGACUAAUUCAUCAGAAACUAGUUCAAGAACAUUAUCAACAAUUCAAGGACCCAGAAACAAUAUUGGCAGAAGAGAGCAAAAAGAAACCAUGUUUAAGAUUCAGCAAUGGGGAUUGUAAUUUUGGUGGUGUUUGUCGAUUUUCACAUUAUACUGCAGAACAGUUGCAAACACUCAGAGAAUAUGUUGCAUCAAAAAAUAUGCCCAAAGAUGUAAUAUUUCCGUCAUUCGAAGAGUUAUUCAACAAACUUCUAGACGAGAGAUCCAAUAGACCACAGGACAACAAUGAGAAUACCAUAAUGUAUGACGAUAAUGGUGUUACCCAUGUCUUCCCGUGGAGGUUCAAUGGUGUUCUAGAUAGCUAUGGGGAUAAUUUACCGCCCAGUGUUAAGAGAAUGAAGAUUGAGGAUUUUGUUGGGGCCAAAAUUGAGUCUUGGGGUUGAUUGAGAAAGCCUCACAGAAUAUCACUAUCAAAGAAAAUGCCACAGAUAUCCUACCUUCACUAGAAGCGGUACAAAAACCAUUUGAAGACAAGAACAAUACCAUUCUAAGUAAUACAUCAACUACCAAUGAUUAUACAAACAAUACCUCAGAUUAUGAAGAAUCAGACUCUGGAGUUAUAGAUAACGAGCCACUUCCAGACCAAAAAAAUAUACUCCGAUGGCUUCCAAAAAAAAAGCGGGACCCAAAAUUUAGUAAGGCUCGGGAUGAUGAAAAACGGGCUCGAGAAAGAUUGGAACGCGCUAAGCAGAGAGCGAAAGACCUCCAUGCAGAACGCAUUGCUUACGUCACUUCCGUCAUGAAAGAUAAUUACUGGACAACUCUAUACCUCUAUGGGGAAUUAAGGAGGAUCCUAACAACGGGGGAAAUUGUCGAUGACAUAAGAGCUCUCAUACAAACGUUGGAAUCUUCACAUCGUAAUAAAGAGUUGAAGGAAAAAGUCCUGAAAUGUUACAGAGAUGGGAAGAAAACUUUAGGUCGUAAUGUUUGGGGUGGCACUAAUAAUUUAGUUAUACAUUCUCUCAAAGAUCCGAUGAAUGGUGUUCAAUAAAAUUGUAGUUUUGGUCCAUGA